UGUUCAUCUGGGUCGUUGGAAUAAAUCUGUCUGUACACAUUAUGCCAUUCCACCCUUGGGAUCAACAAAAUGAUUACUCGUCGUCAUUCACUCUUUCUGUCGAAAUAUCACUUGUCAACCGAUACUUACGGAGAUAACCAUGGCACCUGCUUUACACCGUCCUGUCUUUUGGACAGCGACAUGCUUCACGUUUCACACCACGUGCUUCUUUUACACCACGUGCACCAGACUACGAAAUGCAAACUUGUCGAUUAAAUUCGUCACCAAUACCACCAAAGAGUCAAGUAACUACUUAUACGAACGUCUGAUAAAACUUGGGUUUGAUUUACAAAAGGAGGAGAUUUUCAGUUCUUUGGCAGCUGCAAGAAAAUUGAUUGUCUCUCGGCGAUUGAAGCCAAUGCUAUUAAUCGAUCCAGCGGCGAUGGAGGAUUUCCAAGAUUUGGUCACAGAUGAUACACCUGAUGCAGUAGUGAUUGGUUUAGCACCGAGCAAAUUUAACUACGACGAACUGAACAAGGCAUUCAGAUUGCUUUUGAAUGGUGCUUCCCUUAUAGCCAUUCAUGAAGGACGGUAUUACAAACGCCCCGAUGGUCUAGCUCUGGGUCCUGGAGCAUUUAUUAAAGGCCUGGAAUACUCUAGCAGUGUAAAAGCGGAGGUUGUUGGUAAACCGACAAUAGGAUUUUUCAAAGCGGCUUUAGAGGAAAUAGAUCCGGCGCAGGCUGUGAUGAUUGGAGAUGACGUAAGAGAUGAUGUAGCUGGUGCGCAAGCAGCUGGGAUCAAAGGUAUCCUGGUACAAACUGGUAAAUAUAGAACAGGAGAUGAAAACUCGAUUACUCCAGGACCAGCAAAGGUGUGUGCUUCUUUCGCGGAAGCUGUCGAGAGUAUUCUCAGUGAGAUCAUUUAAAUAUUUGCGAUUCGGCGAAAUCAUGAAACAUGUAAGUGGCAAUAGAAUUCUUUAUUCAAAUAAUUGCUGCACGAUGCAAUCUCUUUUCUACAUUAAAUUAUAUUCUAUAUAAAUACUGAUUAUUUUAUAUAAUGUACAUAGUCUGGAAUGAUGCCAUAUUGUUGUAAAAUAGAUACAAUAAAUACAAAUAGACAUUAA